AAAUAGGAGUACACCUUGUCACAGCUGUAGAAUAACUUGAUGUAAUCAAGCUGAAACUGCGUUAUUUAGCAAAUAAAUAAGGAAGUUUUCAAACUUAGUUGACAUUUUGUUUAAAAUGGCAGCAUUGAACAGCGUUUUCGUUCUCAUUCUAAGCACAGUGGGCUUAGUCCGGUCAUCCGAGUAUUGUGGUGGUCUUAAGUACUGCGAUGAAGGUUACUGCUGUGAAGACGGAACAUCUUGCUGCACUACCAUUUUAGGGGUCGGCGGUUAUGUCGGGCUAGGGUUUGGCAUCCUCGUCUUCGUCCUCAUUAUUGCUGCGAUUGUCCACUGCUGCAGGAGGCGCUACUACGGGCAGCCAGUGUACGUCCAACAAGCAUUACCCGGCACCAAUGUGACCGUGGUCAACACAGCAACAGGGGCGUCUAUUCCCCAAGGCGCGCCAGUACAAACGGGAUACAUGCCCCCACCCCCGACAGGACAGGCGGGAUAUAUGCCUCAACAUCAGACAGGACAGGCGGGAUAUAUGCCUCAACAUCAGACAGGACAGGCCGGAUUUGUCAACCCAAUGGCUGCACCGACAUCUUACCCUCCGCAAUACACGAAGUGAAACAUGCAUGCACUGUUCAGCCGACAACAGCUUUACUGGAUGAAACAACCUUAAUAUUGUUUUAAGUCGCCCUUUUAUGAAUGGGUACUGACUGGUUAUAAAUCGUCAUUGUGUUAUUUUAAAAUGUAGGACGGUUCGUGUGUAUAUAUAGUGAAAAAAUGUUAUUUUAACUAUAUGUAAUAAGCUUCCUUAUAGAUCUGUUUUUUUUAUUUGAACUUCAAAAAUUAGUAAAAUUACUUCAUUUAACUUUAAUUCUUCGAAGUUGUGAGUUUAACAAAAGGACAAAAAGAAAGUGACAUAGCAUUGACUUUUUUUCUCAAUUAUAUCCCGCACCUGUCUAGUUUGCAACACAAAAUUCUUCGAUUAUCUUAAACUUUGUGUAUCUGGCUAUUGAAAUUGUUUUAUUAAAAUUUAGAUCGCUAUUUAAUUAUUUCUCGCUUCGAAUGUCACCAUAAAAAAGUUUUAACGCACAACUCAAGAAAUAAUGCUUCACUCCCCUUAGGACUAUUUAAAGACCGAAUUGACUUUAAUAUAAUCGGAAUCACUGCGCGCAUAUCCAUGACAACCAUGAAUUAUCGCAUAGCGAUACGCAAAUAUUUUCACUAAGCACAAACGAGUUCCAGCAAAAAACACAUGUUUACUUAAUUAUAUUUAACUGAGGUGGGAGAAAAAGCAUCUACCAUAGCCACUCGUGUAAGAUAGGUUCAUCCCGACCCUCACGUAGGGUGUUUUGCGGAAACUCGGUAAACCUCGUUUCCACAAAACACCCUACGCUCGGGUCAGAAUGAACCUAUCUUGCACUCUCAGCCAUGGGGGAUACUUAUAAUCUUCGUAGAUAUCCGUAGAUGUAACUAAACAUUGCUUGCAUAUUUGUAAUAACUAACGUUUUAUAAAUAAUCCUUGAUACGGAACACAGUUCAUAGAAUCAUAUUGGAAUAAAUCUUCUGAGUUCUCAGAGUAAGAUUACGAAAAUCAAGUUUGCUACAUGACUUAAAAUGAAAGGACACUAAAAAAGGUUGUCACAUACAUAUUUAUACAUAUCUAUUGUUUUAAUACAAUCAAAAUGACUUCCAACUUUCAUUUGUGGCCAGAAACUGAAUAAAUUCAAUUACAACCACAUAUAUAAGCUCACUGCUGUCCAUGCGAAAAAAUAAAAUGUAAAUACAAUUGUAACCAUUGAAAUAGCAUAAUUUGUUUCAAUUUGAUUUUUUCGCAAGUAUAUACCUUUGACCAAUCACAACCAUCAUAAUAUUACACAGAUGACCACACAAAAGAAUAAUUAAACAUAUUACUAUCAGGAAUACAAGAAUACUAAAGAGCUACAUAAAACACAUGUAUAAAAAUUGGUAAAGCAAUACAUUCCAUCAUAACAGCAAAAGAAUAAAUAAGUUUUGUCAACAGUCAAGUGCCUUAUGGAUAUUUCACACAGCUUAUUUGUUUGUUUGCUGCAAUACGACCAAAAUAUGUUGAUUUGCUCAACGUAAGAGAGCACUAAAUUAGCUUUAUGUUUAAGGACUUGUACAGUUAAACUAAAAUAAUGUUAAAUUCUAUUUGCUUAGUAUUUACAAACUGACAGAAUAAAACGCUUAUGAAUCA